UACUCCAUUUAAAUGUAGUCUGUUGUAGGUGAAAGGCAGCGUCUGUUAUUUCUGUUAAUUAACUGGAUUCUGACGUUUGGAUUAGGGUUAGGAAGUGAGCAUUGACGUGAUGAGUACAAAGUUAGACCCCAUCAAGGUGAAAGUGGCUGAACUGGAGGCCAGAGGGCUGGAGACGAAGGGAAAUAACAAGGCGGUGUUGAUGGUCCUGGUGGAGCGCUUGAGGCAGCCAGGGCAACAGACAAAGAACAUCCAAAAGGAAAGAGGUUGGUUUGCUCAAACGGGCCAAAUGUCGUCUGAUGAGAGUGACAAUGAAGAUUUUAGGCCACAGUUCAGCGACUUUGAGGGUUCUACUGACCGAGAUGAGAGUGAUGUGUCAUUUGAUGACUCGGAUACCGAUUAUGUUCCCGAAGUGGAUAGUGAUAGUGAAGAAGAUUCAGGUACGAGUGAAACGAUAUCGGUGAAGAGUAAUGGGUCAUCUCCGAGUGGAGAUGUUAGUUUUAGAUUGUUAUCAGACCCAUUUAGUGAUUCACGGCCUGGCGAUCUCCCCACUUACGUGAGUGAUUUUGAAGAUGUGCAUCCGGUAAUUCUGCAUCACCACGAUCAAUAUCCAAUGAAUGCAUUUGACUGUUUACAGUUAUUCUUGGGAGUGGAUGUAAUUUCUUCAUUGUGUGAAUGGACAAAUACACGCGCAGCGUAUUUUUUCCGUGACAAUCCCAGGAAAACUAAGAAAAAUUUCAUGGGCAAAAAGUGGACUGAUGUGACUGUGGAAGAAAUGUACAUUUUUUUUGCACUUCAGUUAUUGAUGGGAAUCACGAAGUUGCCACGUAUUUCAGAUUACUGGAGUCAAUCUUUGCUUUGCACUGGGCCACCUGUGUUUACAACUGUAAUGAGCCGCAAUAGGUUUUCCCAAAUCUUGCGAUUUCUGAGAUUUUCUCAUCCAGAUAAUGUUCAACCCAGCCAGCCAAUGACCAGAAUACAAACAUUUGUUGACAUGGUUCGAGAAAAAAGUAUGAAUGUUUUUUCACCAGGGGAAAAUUUUGCAGUUGAUGAGUCACUUCUUUUAUAUAAAGGCAGACUUCGUUUCCGCCAGUAUAUAAAGACAAAAAGGAAGCGUUUUGGACUCAAAUUAUUUGCCUUGUGUCCAAGUUCGAAAGGGGGAAAAGGCUACACAUGGAAUUUUUGUCUUUAUACGCCUCAAAUGUAUGAAGAAAUAUCUAGAGAUGAGGAUCUAGCUCAUCUAAGCAAGUCAGAGCGAGUCCCAGUAUUCCUCAUGAAAUCUUUACUAAAUAAAGGGAGGCAUGUGGUACUGGGUAGGUAUUCUUCAAUCAAUUUAGCGGAAUUUCUUUACAGCAAGAAUACACUUACAACAGGAACAAUUCGACCAAACAGAGGUGUACCCCAGUGUCUCAAAGACCAAUCGCUCCAAGUAAAUCAAUCAGCCUUUGCAAGAAGAAAUGAGUUUCUCGUUGUGAAAUAUUGCGACAGAAGUCCGGUUCACGUUAUAUCAACCAAGUACAGCGCAGGAUUUGUGGAAAGGAACCGUUUUCUAAAGGGUGGAAGACGGCAGAUGAUAAAAAAACCAUUGCCCAUUCAAAAGUAUAAUGAGCAAAUGGGGUCUGUGGACUUGGUUGAUCAAAUGCUUGAGCGCAUUGAUCCCACCAGAAAAUCUUAUACUUGGUUCAAAAAACUCGGUCUACAUCUCAUGGUUAGGAUGGUGCUGAAUUCUUUUGUUAUAUUUUAUAAUUUGAACAACCAUGAAAAUAGAUCAGAGUUUUCUGCAUUCAUCAAGACGGUGGUUCACGAAAUCUUGAGUGAAUACAGUUUGAAGUAUGUUAUUUUGGACGCAACCAAAAAUGAACCUAAAGCACCCAGGAGAAAGAGACGAAGAACGGCAUCUGCACAACGUGGACCUGACCCUCAGCCUGGAACUUCCCAUCAACCUGGAACUUCCUGUCAAUCUGUCCACUGGCUUAUGACAAUCCCAAGAACUGAGAAAAAAAGACGCCCACAAAAGAAGUGCCGAAUCUGCACACGAGAGGGUAAAGCGAAGUGGGUAAGGUUGCAAUGUGGUGGUUGUGAAGAAAAGCCUGGAUUGUGUUCCCCUGAACAUUUCAUAGUUUAUCAUGAACAAUAAUUGCAUAUAAAUCUAUGUAACUCUUCUUUUGUG